AUGUACUUCACCAUCAAAUAUCUCGCUCCAGAACGCCACGUCGCCGUCAUUGCUUGGAUUGAUGGCUGGCUCAACCUGAUCGGACAGAUCUGCGGCAGCGCCUCCUCGGAGUACGGCGCAUCGCAGAUGCUUCUCGCCGCUGUGUCGAUUGGCUCCGACUUUACCUACACGCCGACUCAGGGGCAUAUUAUCGCUGUCAUGGCCGGACUGUCAAUCUUCCACGCCCUUGUCAACAGUAUGUCGACAGCAUGGCUCAAUCACUUCGCCAAGACAUACGCCGUCUUCCACAUAGCGGUGCUUCUUGCUUGCUGUAUCACUCUUCUGGUCAUGCAGAAAGACAAGCAUACUGCAUCAUACGCCUUCACCAACGUUGAGCCAACCAGCGGCUGGACACCACCGGGUUUCAGCUUCUUGUUCGGCUUUUUGAGCGUUGCUUGGACGAUGACGGAUUACGACGCAACAGCACAUAUCGCCGAAGAAGCAAAAGACCCAGCUCGGAUUGUUCCCAAGGCUAUUGCAUCCGCCCUGACCUUCACAUAUGUUGUCGGAUGGCUCUUCAACAUCGUUCUCGUGUUCUGCAUGGGUGAUCCGGCAGUUAUCCUGGCCAGCGACAUUGGCCAACCCGUCGUUCAGCUUUACUACAAUGUCAUGGGCAAAGGACCCGCCAUCUUCUUCGCCGUGGCAGCGUUCUUGAUUAUGAACUUUGUAUGCAUUACUGCGCUUCAGGCCGGUUCGCGGACAAUCUGGGCUUUUGCUCGAGACGAGCUACUGCCCGGAUCUCGCGUCUGGUACAAGAUCUGGAAGAAGACGGACACCCCGGUGCUAGCCGUCUGGCUGUACACUGUCAUCUGCAUUCUGAUCAACCUGAUUGGACUGGGAAGCUACAUCACCAUCGCUGCCAUCUUCAACCUCUGCGCCAUUGCGCUCGAUUGGUCCUACUGCAUCCCCAUCAUCUGCAAGCUUUGCUUCAACAAGUUUGAGAGGGGGCCUUGGCAUCUCGGCAAAGCGAGCAAGUUUGUUAAUAUCUGGGCAUGUUGCUGGACGGCGUUUGUCAGCGUCAUCUUCUUGUUCCCGACGGUCAUGCCUGUUGCAGCUGACAAUAUGAACUACGCUGUCGUCAUCCUGGUCUUCGUUCUGCUCGUCGCUCUUGUCUAUUGGUUCAUCGCGGGCCGCAAAUACUACACCGGCCCACGGACUCGCGCACACAUUGCGAAUGGCAUGAUCGUGAAGGAUGAUAGUGAGGGCCCACUCAACGAUUCUGAGAAAGGAGUCUCAAGUGGUGUUCAACUUCAACGAGACAGAGAAGUCCUCUAA